AUGUUCUGCUGCCAAAGUCUAAAGAAGGAAGGACAAAGAAAAUUUCUGACGGAGAAGGUUCCGGGGUCACUAACAACACCGCCGUGCACGGAAGACGUUGUGUGGUUUGUGCUUACGGAGCCAACGCAGAUUUCAGAAGAACAGCAGAAGCUCGGCAGAAGUGCAGCUGAAACGUCGCGUAAUGUCAAUGAAGUCUGGGGACAAGGAAGAAGGGACAAGGAGAUAGCCAUGGACAUGCGGAUAAGGGCCACUCAAAUGUGA